AUGUCCCAAUUCAGCAGAAUAUUCAAAAAAAAAGAAACAACAACACCCACACAAUUUCUUCUUUUUGAUUUUACAAAACUAAUUUAUAUGAUAAUCGAUAUGAAUCCUAAUUCAUUCUCGUCAAGAAUUGUUACUGUUUCCUCCUCCUCAUCGUGCAAUAGUAAUAAUACUUCAACUAUUGCUCGUACAUCCAAUAAUGGUGGAUCGAUUAGUAGUAACAGAUCAACUGAUUUGAAUCAAGAUCAAAUUUUUGCACCCAAUGCUUGGUGGAGAAGUUUUGGUAGUUCUGCUCAACAAGAACAAUAUGAUAAUUUGAUUUCAAUGCCAUCAUCAGGAAAUGUCAUUCAAGAAGUGAGUGGUGACAGCUGCAGUGCUAUUGACUGGGAGAGUUUCUUUGCUCCUUCUUCAUGUCAUUACGAACCUAAGGUAACAGCAAUUCCAACUUCCCGUGAACAAGUUUCCUGUAAAAUUACAAUCAACCCUAACUGUACCGAAAAUAGUUUCAAUAAUUAUUCAACAACAACGACAACAAACACAACAAAUACAACUAACAACGCCUCUAGUCUUGAUGGAAUGAUUACCAUGCUGAAUAGAAUAUUAAUAAUGAAUGGUGUCAAUCCAGAGUCUAAUCAAUGCCAAAUGCCUUCUGUUUCUUACCAACAUUCUAAUUUGGAAACGAUUCCUUCCACAUAUGUUAACCAAACUGCCCAUUUUACUUAUAAUCCAAUUCAAUCCAUUGCUGAAGUGCAUCAUCAGAAUUACAAUACUUUGCCAAGUCAAUCCCAACUCAAUACUUCACUUUCUUCUUCAUCCGAUAGUGAUAGCACAGGUAGUCAACAUUCGAGUAAUUCUAUCGGAAAGGACAGAUGCAAAAUCUCAAAGAAGAGAACCACAAGACCUAGGCUCAAAUUCCAAAAGGAAACUGACAAGUCAAUCAAGUUUAAUCUAGUAACAAGUGAAGAAUUGGCUGCCAGUUUACAAUUUCAUGAAACUUCGGCGCCAACUAGUGGAAAGAGAAAUAGAGGAAGACCAAAGAAAUCGGAUUCAUCUCCUCAAAAACCUAAAGCUGAUCAGUCGACAACCAUUGAAUUUAUGGUCAAUUGUUAUGAUCAAUGCAGUAAAAUUUUCAAAUAAUUAU